GCACGCGGCUGGCCCCGAGACCUGCGCGCGGGACCGGCGCGAGCGAGCCAGGACCGAGAGAGGGCGGAGGCGCGCGGGGGGCCCGGCGGCGGCGGCGGCAGUGGCGGCCGGGUGGUGAGUGAGUGUCUCCGCGCGAGGCCUGGGGUCCCGACGAGUCGAGGUCGCGAUUCGGUCACGCCCCCCUCCCGGCGGGGAGGUCCCCGCCCGAAGGGCUUGGCUCCCCUUCUUAAAACGCUUUAGACAGGGAGUGGGGCGAGGGAACCCCCUAGAGACUGGGGUGGGAGGGCGGGUUACGUAACCGCCCCCGGGGCCCAGCGGGUAACAAGUUGCCCUUGAACUUGGGUGGAUGGGAGAAGGCUGCCCAGAUCUUCGGGGGAGAAGCCCCCUUCUCAUUUCCCCGCCCCUCCCACCCCGGAGGAGGGGGCGCAGGGCGCGGCGGUCCUUUCCCACGGCCUCGCAACUUUUGUUGCUAGUCCUGCCCUCGCUGUUUAGGGCUUCGGCCGCUUUAAACUUUGAAAAACCCCUUUGUAACUUGUUAGAGAUUGAAAGGGAAGGAGGAGCACAAGCACAGAUUAGGCGCCUCCCGGAGCCAUUAAGCAUUGAUUAAGCGCUAGCUGUGUGCCAGGCUCCGUGUUGUGUAUUGGGGAUGCAGAGAAAGACAACAGACAGCCCCAGCCCUCGAGGAGUCAGUCCUUAAGCAUUUAUUAAGGCAAAAGACUGCUGGGUAGCUCAGUGGAUUGAGAGCCAAGAGGUCCUGGCUUCAAAUUUGGCCUUGGACAUUUGCUAGCUGUGGGACCCCGGGCAAAUCAUUUCACCCCUAUUAGCUAGCCCUGAUCAUUCUUCUACCUUGGAACUGAUACUUAGUAUUAAUUCUAAGACAGAAAGUAAGGAUUAAAAAAUAAAAAGGUAGACCUAGUUCUCAAGGAACUGCCCAUCUAAUGGGUGAGCUAGCAUGCCAACAGCUAUGUCCAUACUCCUUGUAAACAGUGUAAAUGGGAAGUAGUUUCAGAAGGAAGGAGUGGGAGAGAAGGACCAGCCAAGGUCUCUUGCCCAAGGGACAGAGCUUGAAGAAAACCAGAUUGGGGAGGUGGGUAGAGGAGAGCCCUCCAGACCUAGAGAUGGCCAGUGAAAAGGAUAGACAGAGCCCCAUGGAGACAAGGAAGAUCUGGUUUCAGAUCCAGUCACUUAACUGUUCUGUACUUUUCUUUAAACUGAGGGUAUUGGAUUAGAUGGCUUCUGUUGUUGUUCAGUCAUUUCAGACCCCAUGGAUCAUAGCACUUCCAUACUGGCAGUGGGGUUUUCUUGGCAAAGAUACUUGGAGUGGUUGGCCAUUUCCUUCUCCAGUAGGUUAAGGCAAACAGGUUAAGUGACUUAUCCAGGGUCACAUAGCUUGUGAGUAUCUGACUGGUUUGAAGGCCAGCCCUCCAGUUGACCUUGAGAGGUCAUCCUAAAUCAGUGAUCUUAUAUUGAAGAGGAUGGAUUGAAGAGGGGAAAUCUAUUGGAGUUAGAAUUGACAAGACUUGGCCACUAAUUGAUAUGGGAGUUGAGAAAGGAAAGACAAGCAUGCAUGACUCCAAAUUGAAAAUCUUGGGGACUAGGACAGUGGAGCCCUCUACAGAAAUAGGGGAGUUUGGAGGAGGGAUGGAUGUGAACCUUUCCCUGAUUCUUUCUCUCCAUGGACAAUCUGAAAUAGAAAGAGAAAACCAAUGCUGGAGACAAGUGACCAGAUUUCAAGUGACACAUCACCCCAACUCCCCGUGAGACCUUAAACAAGUUAGUUUUAAUCUUCUUGGGACUUAGUUUCCUUGGCAUUGUGGACAUAUCUGCAUUUCCAUCAUUUUGCACAAUGCCUGGCACAGAAAAAGUAUUUAAUAAAUGCUUUUCUUUCAUUUAUAAGAGGAGAGUUGGACUAGAGGACCGCAAAGGUCCCUUUCAACUCUAGGUCUUUGAUCCUAGUGUUCUAAGAUCUGGGUUCAGAUCCUGCCUCUGAUCAAUACUAAAUGUGUGUGACCUCUGAAAGAUAUUUAAUGUUGAAGUGCCCUCACGCAACCCUGACCAGAGACCAUAUGUGUUUCCUCUGCCAAUGAAAUCAUUGGUCAGGAGGCAGUUAAGUGGCUCAGUAGAUUGAGAGCCAUGUGUAGAGAUGGAGGUCCUGGGUUCAAAUUUGUUCUCAGAUACUUCCUAACUGAGUCACCCUGGGCAAGUCACUUAACUCUCAUUGCCUAUUCCUUACUGCUCUUCUGCCUUAGAACCAAUACAUAGUAUUGAUUCUAAGAUGGAAGGUAAGGGUUUAUAAAUAAAUAAAAGCAAAAAAAAAAUCACGGGAGCAGACCCCAAAAUUCUUACCCCUGGACAUGUUAUUAUUGUCCCUUAUACCCUUGUUGAAAACAGAGGUGACUUUUCUGUUUUGUCUUGGUAUCCCCAGCUUCUAGCACAGUACCAUACCAUAGAGGGUGUUUAGUGGACUCUGAUGGCAUAAGAUUGGUAGUGUAAUGAGCACUGAAUUUGAAACGAAGUGACUUGGGUUCAAACCUGAAUACUAUUGGAAGAAGAACUUCUGGUACAAUGGAAAAGGUCCUGGAUUUGGUUAUAGCAACUGAGUUUUGAAUCCCAGCUCUGCUCCCUGUUACUCAGAUGACCUUAGAAAAGGAGCUGCAUCUCUUGGGACAUUGGUUUUCUCUUCUAUUAAAUAAUGGGAUUGGACUGGGUGACCUUGAAGGAUCUCAUGAUACCUGUGUCUCAAAGAGGAGCCUAUGAUAUUGACGUUGUAGUUUCAGGUAUCAAACUCAGAUUUUACAUCCGAACUUGUUUCCUUUUUUCUUUGAUUUUUUUCAGAUUGAAGUUGUUAUGCUUUAGUGGAAAUAUAAGAUGCUGAAGUUCUUUAUUAUGGAAAAUAUCAAUUCUAGAAAAAAAUUCUCCCUAGUGAAUGACAGCAAUUAAUUACUCAUGCACAUUUUGCAAAUCAGUGUAACAGAAAAUUUUGUGAUAGGUGAUGGCUUGGAACAAAAUGAUAACUGGAGCAUCAUCAUUGUUGAUUCCAAAAUAGAGAACACAUUCAUUUAGAACCACCAGUAUUUAGAAGUCAAAGAAGGCCAUUCAUUGUAAAGGUCUAGAAAUGCAGUGCAGUAAGUCUGAUGGCAAUGACUCCAGUGGAAAUGAAUUUAAUGGACCAGAAUCCAAUGGGACUGAUUCCCUUGAUAAAGAAUCUGAUGAGAUAUGGAAACAAAGCUUCAAACAGCAAAACAAAACUGUGACUGAUAACAGUGAACAGCAAGAUCGAAACAAGACUUCUGAAGAACUUAUGAUGGUGGUCCGGGAAAUGAAAAAAUAUCUUCCAUCAGAGAGAAAUCAUAAACCAAGUAUUCUUGAUGCCCUCAACUAUGCCCUUCGAUGUGUAAACAGUGUUCAAGCCAACAAUGAGUUUUUCCAGAUUCUCAGACCAAAUGGAGCACACCAAACAGAUGUAACUAAGUACAGUCUCAAGGAGCUGGCUACCAUUGCUUCAGAGCACACUUCUAAAAACACAGACACUUUUGUGGCGGUUUUUUCGUUUCUGUCGGGAAAGUUGGUACAUGUUUCAGAGCAGGCUGCUCUUAUACUGAACCGUAAGAAGAAUUCCCUGGCAUCUUCCCCAUUUGUUGAGCUGCUUGACCCUCAAGAUGUGAGGGUAUUCUACGCACACACAGCCCAGGCCCAUCUUCCAUUCUGGAAUGUCAGCACCCAAACAGCCUCCCAGUAUGAAUAUUCUCAAGUGAAGCCCUUUUUCUGCAGGAUCAGGGGAGGUAAAGACCGAGAACAAGAAACCUAUUAUUAUCCGUUCCGGAUCACCCCGUAUUUGAUCAAUGUAUAUAAUUCUACUGACACUGAAUCAGAACCCUGCUGUCUUGCUCUCGUUGAGAAGAUUCACUCUGGUUAUGAAGCUCCCCGGAUCCCCGUGAAUAAAAGGAUCUUUACAACAACACAUACCCCAGGGUGUAUGUUUCUUGAAGUGGAUGAAAGAGCUGUACCUUUGCUGGGCUACCUCCCUCAGGACCUGAUUGGAACCUCUAUCUUAAUGUACCUGCAUCCAGAAGAUCGUCCUCUGAUGUUUGCUGUCCACCAAAAAAUCUUAAAAUAUGCAGGCCAACCUCCCUUUGAACAUUCACCCAUCAGAUUUUGUACUCAGAAUGGAGAUUAUGUUAUAUUGGAUUCCAGCUGGUCUAGCUUUGUGAACCCCUGGAGCCGGAAAGUUUCCUUCAUCAUUGGCCGGCAUAAAGUCCGAACGAGUCCAUUAAAUGAAGAUGUUUUUGCCACCAGAAUCAAGAACAUGAGCAGUAUUGACAAAGAUAUAAUGGAAUUACAAGAUCAAAUUUACAAACUUCUCUUGCAGCCGGUUCAUGUUGGUGGGUCCAGUGGCUAUGGGAGCUUGGGAAGCAAUGGAUCACAGGAGCAUUACAUUAGCAUCGCAUCAUCUAGUGAAUCUAGUGGAAACUGUGUCGAGGAAAUCCAGAAGGAGCCAAUGACAUUGCAACAGGUCUGUGCCACUGUCAACAGAAUCAAAAAUCUAGGUCAACAGCUAUAUAUUGAAUCAAGGACCAAAUUAUCAAACCAACAGUUUACAAUAUCAAAUACAGAGCAACAAGGCAACAAAAAGCCUUCUCAUCCUUCAUCUCAAGAACUGAGAAAUAGUAGUUUGGGUACUGAUUCUUGUGAUGAUUUAAGAAAAGAUCAGCAUGUUCCAUCAUAUCAACAGAUCAAUUGUGUGGACAGUAUUAUCAGGUAUCUGGAGAGCUACAACAUCCCUGCCUUGAAGAGGAAGUGCAUCUCCUGCACCAACACAACUUCCUCUUCCUCUGAAGAAGACCACAUCAGUCAGAGACCGGCUGGGGCCCAGGCACUAGAAUCCAUUCCCCAGAUUCCAGUCCUGGCCACACCUGCAAGGGCUGACAAUGAGGAGUUGGCACUCUCCCCCAAAGCCAUGAGUGUGCUCUCUGCCACAAGCCAGUGCAGCUACCGGAGCACCCUGGUGCACGUUCCCCACCCUGAAUCAGAGGUGACUGCUGGAGAUGAUGUUAUUGCAGGAAAUGAGCAGGCUGAGGCCCGGAGUUUGAGUCUCCAGACUUUCCCAGUGGCCCCAGAGGAGUUUAAGCAAGUAGGACUCACAAAGGCAGUUCUCUCUGCUCAUACACAAAAGGAAGAGAAGAACUAUGUGGACAGAUUUCGAGAAAAGAUCCUAUCUUCUCCAUAUUGCUCCUACCUUCAGCCAGAUGGCAAAAGCAAGAUGAAAUAUGCCACCAUCCAAGGGGAUGCUCCUUCCAAGCAGGCCACAUCUGCUGGCUGUAAAAAGGGAAAACACAAACGCCAGAAGCUCCCAAUAUCAUCUUGUAGCAGCGAUUCUCGUGAGAACUUUCCUUCUCUGCUGGGGAAGCCGCCUCCAGGCAGACCACCCUGGUUGCCUUCAGACUUGACCCCUCCUCACCCUUGUGGGUUGCUGCACCCUCCUUUAGCAGGAGUUCCCAUGCAGGCCCCUUCCCCAGUGACUGGUUUCCCUGCCUUGCCCUCGAUGUCUUCUCUGAGAACACAGUAUACAGCGUCUGCACCUGAACUGGGGCCUCAACCUGGACUGCACCCUUCCUAUAGGAUGCAGCCGCUUCCAGCAUUCCCUUCUCCUUAUGUGGGUGCUUUUAUGACCAUUAUUUUACACAAUCCCCCUCCUUAUCCCCAGACAUGUCAGCCAUUCUCCCCCCCCUGUCCAUUCUCAUGUGUGCCUGGCUCAUCUGAAAUCCCCCCACCGCCCCCACCACCCUCGUCACCAGCGCUGCCUGUGGAGGACCUUCCAGAGCCACCGUCCCCCACCUCUAGCCAGAGAUCGGCUGAAGAAGAAUGGGCGCUCCAGAGCGAGCAGGAGCACCCCUUGUUUAGUCAUUCCAGGAGCAGCUCCCCCUUACAGCUAAACCUGCUCCAGGAAGAAAUGCCGGGGGCCCCUGAGCCUCUGCAGUACACGGGAUCAGAGGCAGACCCAGGAGCCCAGCAUCAGUCUAAGGCAGGAGAUAAUAAAAAGAGCCAUAAUUCUGUGGCCAAGGAGCUGUUCACCCUGUUACUUCAAAAGGACUCUCCUGCUGGGGCUGGUUCUGUGGCAUCAGGUAGUGGGUCUGUGAAAUCAAACUCCUCAGGCUCCGACGCCAACGGCUCAUUCUCCCAUGGCACAUCUGGUUGUGGCACAGGAAGCAGCGAUAGCAGCAAAUACUUUGCAAGCAGCGACUAUUCCUCUGAAACUUCCCAGAACAGGCAGAAAUCAGAGGAAAAAGAAACACCUCACAAAUCAGGUAGAGAUGCCAUCUGGGGAAUGAUAAAGCAGACUCCUGAAUGUGUCCUGAUGACUUAUCAGGUCCCUGAGAGGGUUAAAGAAGACGUAUUGAAAGAGGAUCUGGAGAAGCUAGAAAGUAUGAGGCAGCACCAGCCUCGUUUCACGGAUGGACAGAAAGAAGAGUUGGCCGAAGUGCACCCUUGGAUUCAAAGCCAGAUGGUCCCUCGAGAAAUAGAUACCCACGGCUGUGUCACAUGUGACAACAAACAUUCACUAGGUGUUGGGCCUUUGCCUUAUGAGAAGAGUCUGGAAGAAGACAUUUGGGUGACUGAUCAGGAAGAUCUACCUGCACAGCCUUUUCAAGACAGAAAGCUUUGAUGCUUUGGACACUUAUGAAGCCUUGCAUAUCUUCUAAAAAUCUUGCCUUUUCAGUGACUUUGCAGUUAAUAGUAAAUGCUUAGAGCUAUCCAAAAGUUUUAUUCCUCAAUUUUUGAUAGACUUUUAUUUUUUCAAAUAGAAUGAGUUUCCAAAUAGAAUCUUUUACUCUUAAAUUUGAAAUAUGUUCCUAGUAUCUUGAAACCAUCAGUUGCAUUUUGUUCCCAUUUCAGCCAUCACAAUUCCAAAGAGGUUAGAUUACAGCAUGUGGAUGGCAGAGCAUGAAAUCAGUCUUGCCCACAGGGGAUGCAAUAAGGAGUAGGACUCCAGGCAGCCUGGAGCCUUCCCUGCAUUCAAUCUAUCCCUUCUGGUUGAAUUUGGAGCAUUUGAAGAGACUGAACUUGGGGCCUGGAAUAUUUGUUCUCUUGAAUUCAGCCUAUCUAGGCUCCACAUUGGGCAAAUUACACCUCCAUCCCAAAGAGGUGCUUCUGCCAACAUUUGUGCUUAAGCAAGACAUUCAGACUAAUUUUGCCUUGUUAAGUUAAGAGUCAGAAGUUAAGUCAACAUUAGUACACCUUAGUAGACAAACGGACAAGCCUUUUUGUCCUUGUGGGAACAUGAGCAUCAGCAUUUUUUUAGAUUCCAUCCUCUUGAGUUUUAGCCUUCCCAGACUUAAGCCACUGUCAGUCUCAACAUUUUUCCCCUUUGGUUCAUUUCAUAAGAGUUGGAGGCAAUUUCCCUACCAGCUCUGAGCCUUCCUUGAGCACCAGAGUCCACUUCUUAGCAUUUGAGAACAGCACCGUGGAAAUGAGAAGAUGCGUGGUUUAGAGGGAAACAGCUGAGCUCUACUUUGAGUACAAAAUAUGCCCUAAACCAAGAUUUCUUAGGUCGCUCCCAUCUGAAAUAUUGUCUGUUUACUUCACAUGCUUGCUAAUUCCCUGGUGCUCUAGAGAGUGAUCCUUAUUUAGAUUUUUAAACGCAUGUGACCUCUGAUGACUCAAAAAAGUGGCACCUGGGAGAGACUUUCCUCAUUGGUUUAGGCCAAUAAACAAGGAUAAGCUGUUGUCCUUUUGUAGGCAAACACUAAAUCCUACUGGAAGGUUGUUGAUUUUUGGUGAGCCACUGAUAGGUAAAAUUGAUUCCUGUGCCAUUCAAAUCUGUUAUUAGCAGAGAACUUUGAUGUUCUACAGUGAAUGGAUGGUUUCUGAAACAUACAUUCCGUUUGUAAAGUUGCAUAAAUUUUUUCCUAUUUUUUAAAAAAAAGGCCAUUCUGGGAUGUGUCCAUUACUGUGUGAUUUCCUUGUGACAAUGAACACUGUCAAGUACUCCACAGAAUGCUGUUUAAAAAAAAAAACCAAUUAUUUUACUUGCUCUAAUAGUAAUAGGAGUCUCUCCCUUCCUUUUCAUUAUUUCCUGGGAUCACUUUUAUCUAAGUUUGCAGAUUUAUUUGCCUUAGAAUACAGUUUACUGAAAGCUCUGGAUGGUGUGUGUGUGUGUGUGUGUGUGUGUGUGUGUGUGUGUGUGUGUGUUGAUCUGAAAGAAGUGUAGCAUCAGAUGUAGGAGCAUAUAUAUAUAUACGUAUAUAUUUACAACCAUUUAUAAAUGAACACAUUUUGAUAACUUCAGUGUUAGGUUAGAUAGUAUUUUUAGAUUUUUUAUCUCUGUGAAAUUACUACUGCUGAAAGUAAAGAGUGUGUUGGUUCAGUAGUGAUGUGUAGUUACUGCCCCCCAAGGGGGCUCCACCCAAUCUAGAGCUUUUGCUUGGUGUUUUUAUGAAUUUGUUACAUGCUCACCUACAGAAAUUUGUUUGAAAAUAUAUGUUGUCUCUUUCAAUGUUUACACAAAUGUUGCUGCUCCAGCAGUUUUUUCCUUGGAUGUGUUGUGAGAAUUUCUUUAAAAAAAAAGAAAAUAAAAUGCUAUGUAUAUGAAAUGAUUCUCUGGCAAAGAUGAGGCUUGGUUAUAAAUCGCAAGGCAAAUCAGAAUUUGAAUUUUUUUUAAUGUUUCAACUGAAUUUGUAAUUAGCUUUGUGUGGAUUUGUUUGUUUUUACUAUAUAUGAAUAUUCUGACCAGGUGUCUUGGGGGUUUUUUUAAGUAAAAAUAAAUAAAACCAGCAGUGAACCUC